CGGUGGUGGGUUGGGAUUGAGGAUGGUGUGUGGAGUGGAUGUGUGCACCACACACUAACACACACACACACGCACACGCACUGGUAUCAUCAGAAUUAAUAAUACAUGGAUUGAUUGAUGGUCGGUCAUUCAUUUGGGGGAAAAUCAAUCAAAAUCUUGCUUGAAAGCACACUAGUAGUUCAAAAUGAGGACCAGCCUCCGUCUCCUGGAAAGGAAUCCAACAAUAACAACAAGAAGAAGAACAGUAGUGGUGUUUGGAAGUAGAAGAAGAAGAAGAAGAGAUUGUAUCCGGAGAACAACAACAACAUCGAGUUUUUUACCAUGGAAUUGGAGGACAACGGCGAGGAUCAGUCUCAACUCUAUAUACCAUCACCCCCCUGUCCUCCUCAGCAGCAGCAGUAAUGAUCAUGCUAUUAAGUUAAGUAGUAGAACUUGUAUUAGUUGUUGUUCAUUAUCAUCAUCACUUGACUACUACUCCUGUAGUAUUAAUAAUCAUAAUCAUAGUUUAUUAUUCCAUGCGUUGUUGACGAUUUCUCAACCCACUCCGCACCUCCUUGUCUUAUUAUUACCUCCUCUCCUUGCUGCUAUUCUCUAUUACACCACCAAUAAUAAUACUAAUAGUUAUAAUAUCUUCUCAUCAAACUAUAAAUAUAAAUUUGAAAUUGAAAAUGAUAUCAUGGGCGAAUGGAGUCUCUGCACUUCUCCCACCCCUUUUUAUCGUUUUCUCAAGUUGCGCUGUGCCUCUCUCCCCCCUCCCACCACCACGACUGAGGGCAAGGAGGAUUCAGAUACGGGACCUAUUCCUCAUCAAUCUCAACAACAACAAGCACAAGCAGAAGCAAUCUCAUAUCAGAGAAUCUGUAUCAACGCCGCCAACGACGGGGGUGUUAUAUCAUUGGAUUGGCCCUCCGCUUUAGACUUGGAGGACCUUAAUAAUGGUCUUGACACUACCGUUUUGAUUGUUCCUGGUAUGAAUACCCUCGGCAGUACGGAUGUCCAUGUUCUCUCUUUAGUUUCUCUUUUCCUCAAACAAGGCUGUUUCCCCCUUGUCAUGAAUCCCAGGGGUUGUGCCCGUUCCCCCCUCACCACUCCACGGUUAUUUACCCCUGCUGACACCGAUGAUAUCUCCACCACCAUACGCUUCAUCAACAGGGCCAGAUCUUGCACAACUUUAAUGGCUGUUGCCUUGGGUUAUGGUGCAAACAUGUUGACCAAGUAUCUUGCACUGGUCGGCGACGAUACACCUCUUACUUCCGCCGUCUGCUUAGACAACCCUUUUCAUUUAAAACACCCUGCUCUUCAUCAUCCUUCUCUUGAUCACCAUCUCACUAACGGAUUCAUUCAUAUCCUCCAACGUAACAAGGAACUAUUUCAGGGUCGAUCUAAAAAGUUUGAUGUUGAAAAGGCUUUACGGUCUAAAUCUGUUAAAGAUUUUGAGGAAGCAAUAUCUAUGGUGUCAUAUGGAUUUACCUCAAUCGAAGAUUUCUAUGUCAGCUCCAGCACAACUGAUGUGAUUGGCAGCAUAAUGAUUCCGGUUCUCUUUGUUCAGAACGGUGCCCUGUCAUCUUCAUUCAUCCCACGUAGCUCAAUCGCCAAAAAUCCUUUCACAAGCCUACUUGUCUGCACUUUUCGAUCAGAUGACAAAAGCACUAUUGGAACAUCUGCUGUAUCAUGGUGUCAGCAUCUUGUUGUAGAGUGGCUUAUAGCUGUUGAGGUCGGGCUUCUGAAAGGUCGACAUCCACUUGUGGAGGACGCCGUUGUGACCAUCAAUCCUUCAAAACAAUUAAAAGUGAUGGCAACUGAAGUAUCUCAUGCAAGUAGCAAAAGUGGGAAUCUUCCGAACCCAUACCAGUUGGAUGCUUUGGAAGGGGAUUCCUCUUAUGCUGGUAAAAGGUCCAGUCUUGACUUACAGAGGUACAAAGUCAAAAAAGAAAUAAAUGCAGAUACAACUGUUAUGGAAACACAAACAAACCUUGAGGAUUCAGAAGGGGAUGCUGUCGUGGAUAGUGAAAGAGGGGAAGCGCUACAGGCGACAGAAGUCGUUAUGAAAAUGCUAGAUGUGACGAUGCCUAACACUCUUUCAGAAGAACAGAAGCAUAAGGUCCUGACUGCUGUUGGUCAAGGGGAGACUCUAAUGAAUGCAUUGCAAGUUGCUGUGCCUGAAGAUGUUCGUGGAAAGCUCACCAGCACAGUUAGUGCAAUCUUGCAAAACCAAAAGAAAAACUUAAAUGCAUUUUCAAGUAAUAUUCAUGCUCCUGAUGUAACAUCAGCGGUGAACACUAAGAUUCAAGAACCCAUAAUUUCAAAUCAAGACAAAGAGUCCAGUACUUUUGAGCUUAAUAAGGGGGGUACGAAUUUGGGGGAUUCUGUAAAGCCCGAGGAGGAUAGCAUUCAGUCAACAAGUGACCAUGGUGGUGAAAUUUCCGGUUUAAACAAUGGCGAUUUGGGGGCCAAUGAAAGUGAUGAAGUUUCGAAAGAAAAAGCUGAUCAGACUGCUCAUUUGCACGACUCAGAAUUAAAUCAUUUGCCCCACAUUUCCAGCAAGGCGGAAGUUAGUUCUCAAGAUAGUAUUUGUGAACAGGUCAAACUGGGAAAUAAAGAUGAAACAAAAGUAAACAAUGAUAAUCAACAGAAAGAUGCAGAGCCAUCUACUGAUGAGAAAAGUGUAUCAACUCCAAGGACAGAAGAAACCUCGUCACCUUCAGCAUCUUCUGCAGAUAAGCCGUUGAUGGCAAAAGAAGACGUUGAAGAUCAAAAAAAGGAAGAAUCAAGUGUACAGCCUGUUACAAGUAAUUCUCCAUCCACUUUUAAUGUUACCCAGGCAUUGGAUGCACUAACAGGGAUGGACGAUUCUACCCAAGUAGCAGUUAACAGCGUUUUCAGUGUGAUUGAAGAUGUAAUAACUCAGUUGGAAGGGAGCAGAGACGAUGAAUCUGCAACUGCUGAUAAGAACAAGGUUGAGGAUGUAUAUCAGAAGCAUCAUAUCGAGAGCAAAUCGGAUCUGCAACAGAUAGGAGAUGGUAAAAGUAAUAUGACAAUUGAGCCCAAAGAAUUAUGCAAUCAUCAGCAGAGCCUAACAAUUAGUAACCCUCCUACGGAGAAAAUAUACGAAGCUACAGUCUUUGACAACAAUCAUAAUGUCAUACAAAGCCGUCUUCUUUCAAAUAUGAAACAUGAUCGGUCACUUGAUCUGGAUGCUACUACGGAUUUAUGUCUCGAUUAUGUUCCAGAAGAAGGUAAAUUUAAGCUUUUAGAGCAAUCAAGAGAUGGUAGUAGUUUUGUUGAUGAUGCUACUUCUCAUGAUGGCCCAGAAAUAAACAUUGAGAACCCUCUUCUAGCUGAUGUUGACUGUAACAGUGACAUUAUUGAACCAUCUUACGUGAUAUUAGAUGCUGAAGGUGAUGGUGAAGCAAUUGGAGGAUAUAAGAAAAUUGGUGAAACCAAUGAAAAUCUUGGAAUUGGCAAUGAUGCAUCGGUACAGCUCAUGAAACUUGUCAGAGAGAAUAUACUGAGUUCUUUAAAGGUUCAAGUUUGCCGAAGAAUACAAUCAGAUGACAUGGUGGAUAUGGCACCAGUACUGAAAAAAGAAUUAGAGCAGGUUGCAAGUACCAUUUCACUGGCUGCAGUACAUGACAAACAGCAUCUAAUAGCUUGGGAAGGUGAGGACUUCGAUGGACCUGAUAAUCAACAGGCCGAGCAUAUGUUAGAAGUCAUCUCUUCAGCUGUUGAGGGCACCAGAUAUAUGAAACAAGUGAUUCCAGUUGGCAUUGUUGUAGGCUCUAGUCUAGCUUCUCUGAGAAAAGUUUUCAACAUUUCUGCAGCAGAUUCUAUAGGAAGCACUGAAGUUGAAAUAGAUCAGAUCAAAAGCUCUAAGAAAGGGUAUUAUUUACAAGCAGGUAGGACAUUUGAUGAGGAAAUGCAUCAUGAUAAAGUCAACCAGAACAAGAAUUUGGGCAGUGAGGAUGAGGAAUAUGAUGAGAAAGAUUUGUCAGAUAGUCUAAGAAAUGACACCGUCAUGGUUGGAGCAGUUACCGCUGCCCUGGGAGCAUCUGCUUUAUUGGUUAAUCAACAAGGUCCAUAUAGUGAGGGACUUGAAAGUUCCACAACUUCAUCCAUGUUUUUCAAUCAGAAAAAAAAGGAUCAGGAGCCUGGGAAGCUUCAGGAGGAAACAUCCAAAAGUAGUGAUCACAAUGUAGUCACGAGUCUUGCAGAGAAAGCUAUGUUAGUUGCGAGUCCAGUAGUGCCUACGAAGGAAGGUGGUGAAGUGGAUCAAGAGAGGCUGGUUGCACUGCUGGCAGAUUUGGGGCAAAAAGGUGGCAUCUUGAAGUUGGUUGGCAAAGUUGCUUUACUAUGGGGUGGUAUCCGUGGUGCUAUGAGUUUGAUCGAAAAGCUUUUCUCCUUUUUCCGUCUUGCUGAACGUCCCCUGUUUCAGAGGAUUUUGGGGUUCGUCUUUUUGGUGCUUGUACUGUGGACACCAGUUGUUGUUCCCUUGCUUCCAACACUUGUACAGAACUGGGCAGCACAUAACUCUUCAAAGUAUGUUGAGCUUGCCUGCAUAGUCGGUCUUUAUAGCUCCAUAAUGGUAUUGGUGGUGCUAUGGGGCAAAAGAAUCAGGGGCUAUGAAGACCCACUUGAGAGAUACGGAAUAAAGUUGACAUCACCAAUACAGAUCCAAAACUUUAUUUGUGGCUUGAUUGGAGGGGUGAUGCUUGUUUUGUUGAUACAAUCUAUAAAUGUUUUACUUGGUUUUGUGUCUCUGUCUUGGCCUACUAUCUCAACAUCUAUGGAUGUUGUUAUCCUGCUCAAGUUGUCUGGAAAAGUGCUUAGGUUUGUUUGUCAAGGACUUGUUACCACAAUUGCUAUUGCUCUUGUAGAAGAAUUACUCUUCAGGUCUUGGUUGGCUGAAGAAAUUGCAACUGAUCUUGGAUACAAUCAAGGAAUAAUCCUUUCAGGGCUUGCAUUUUCUUUAUCUCAAUGGUCACUAAAGACAAUACCAGGACUGUGGCUAUUAUCACUGGGGCUUGCAGGUGUUCGACAUAGAUGUAAAGGAAGUAUCUAUGUUCCAAUUGGGUUACGUUCAGGGAUUAUGGCAUCUAGUUUUGCCUUAAAAGGAGGGGGCUUUUUAAUCUAUCAACCCACUUAUCCUUUGUGGGUAAGCGGUGGUGACCCUUUCCAGCCUUUUAACAGCAUAGUCGGUCUUGCUGUGGCUAUGUUGUGGGCAGCAAUUCUCUAUCCAAGAGACCCUAACAAAGCAAAAGAAUAUCAAUGAAGAGAGAAUACUAAUGACUUUGUUUGGCAGUUAGAAUAACAAUGAUUUGGUUUUCUACUUUUCUGAUCGGAUUGAGGAGCUUUCUUCAGGGCAAAACUUAGGUGUCCUCGGUUUUGGCAGUCGGAAAAGUUGAUUGUAGUGCAUUAUCUGUAAAGAAAUGGAUCUGUAUAUUUAUACGUAGUUGAUUUUGUCAGCUUAGACCUGCAUAUAAGUGCAGCAUACGUAGAUGUAAAACAAUAUCUGGGGCAGUUUGCCAUAUCCUGCAUGUUGGUUCAUUUGUAUAUUAGUGUAUAUAUAUAUAUAUAUGUAAAUCAAUACAAGGCCAUUUUUCAGAUUUUUCAUUGUCAA